AUGGCUGUGGAGGUAGAAGAUGAUGUGUUCUUUGCAGAUCUAAGCAAGCAGCUUGCGCUGCUAAUCAUGGAUGAUGAGGAAGAAUUCCCGGCGCAGUAUCCUCUGCUUCCGGCUCAGGAGCUUCCUUACAUGCCCCAAAUCAUGAUGCCACCUUCAUAUGGCUAUGAAGUGUCCUACAGAAGGGAGAGCAAAGGAACUGGGGUGUUCAUUCCACAGUCCACUGCACCAAGAAGGAAGAACAGGUCAAGGAGGCAAACCACAGUGGAUAGCCACCCCCAAAGGCAGUUGAACAAGUCUGCCAUUGUGGUUUCUCAAGUCACCAAGAACUAUAACUUUCACCCCAAUCAUUACAGUCACUCAAGUGUGCUAAAGAGACACACAUAG